ACAAUGCUCUACAUUUUCCGCAACAGGAAAUGCAUUUCAGAAUCAGCUGACACUUUGAUGCUUCACGAAAAAGACAGAAUUCUUUCAACGUUGUGAUAAUACCCUUUAUUUAUAGUUUAUUGAAAACCAAUUAAUAAAUCAGUCAUGUUGCGACCGAAAGCUUUGACUCAAGUUCUCAGCCAGGCGAACACAAGCGGAGUUCAGAGCACGCUGUUGUUAAAUAACGAAGGUUCUCUCCUGGCCUACUCUGGUUAUGGGGACACAGAUGCUCGCGUCACAGCCGCAAUCGCUAGUAAUAUAUGGGCGGCCUAUGACAAGAAUGGACAUCAAGCCUUCAAUGAGGACAAACUCAAGUUUAUCCUGAUGGAUUGUAUGGAGGGCCGAGUGGCAAUCACGCGUGUUGCUAACCUGCUGCUGUGCAUGUAUGCAAAGGAGACAGUGGGCUUUGGUAUGCUGAAAGCCAAGGCUGAAGCCCUUGUACAGUACUUGGAGGAACCCCUAACACAAGUGGCUGCUUCAUAGUAGAAGGUCUUUUUCUGCAGCAUUGACAGUGGGAUUUUCUCGCUGAAUAUGGUAGAGAAAAUCAAGUUGGAGCAGUUUCAUGGACUAUUAAACACUCUUCCCAAGGGACUGACUGUCUUGGUGUUUUUAAGCCACUCCUGGAGCAUUUUCUACUGAAUAUGACUUACAACUUUGACCGUGCGCUGGAUAUGUCCUGUUGUGCUCAUGUGUUAAAUGCUCUAAUCCUCAGAGAAGAUCAGAAAUUGAGGAACAUCGCAACUUCAGGCUUUUAUCAUGCAGAUUGCUGGAAAAUGCGAAACCCUUAAAGCUUUUCUUAGUUCCUGUAAUAUCAGUGUCUUUGCUUUUCAUUUUAUUUGCUUCUUGAUCUGGCCGCUAAUGAAUGCUACGUUUUUUCUGUUGAGAUUCUAUUAACCCAGCAGUAAAGAAUCUACUAAUCUAAUUGGUGCUGGAACAAGAGGAAAACUAUGAACUCCCCCCUCUUGCUAAUUAUAAACCUGCUUGGCUGACUAUUGAUGGCUGUACAUUUGAAGGCAGGUGUGGGCAAUUAAAUUUCUCAAAGGGUGAAGUCCUUCUGGCUUCAGAGUUAUUGUCAGUCUGAAUAACAGCCUCAAUGAAACAAUGAGGAAAGAAGGGAAAACCAGCCAAACCUGCAGACAUCCUGGUUUUGCCCAUCCUUUAUUCGGAGACAGAAAUGCUGACUGACAGCAGUACCCCCCUUUUCAUUUGUACAGUUUAAGUAGAGCUCACAGCUUACUGUAGGAUCAUCAUACCAGCUGUGAACAUUAACUUUGAAAUUAAGUGUGAAUGUAAUGCUGUUAUAUUUAGAGUUCUGCAAUUAAAACAUUUUCUUGGUAACAAA